UCGUCGACGCGUUUAUACGUCGUAUCGGAAGCACGUCGAUCAGCCGAGGCGCGGUUCCGUCGGGAAAUCGAAGGGAAGAACCGCACGUUAGGCUGACGCCGACUGGGAGGAUCGUUUCGGGGGACAUGGCUUAACUCGCGACAAGUGGGAGAUAGGUGGAGGAGCCACCAUCCUCGGGUCUCAGGAUUCCGAGAGCGCGGAUGGUCGCCGAGAUUUCCUACGACGUUGGAAGUAAUCACGAGUGGUGUCGGGUGGUGUGUUCGUGAUCAAAGAGGGGGGGUUCAGUGGCUGUGAUCGUGGUGUUGUGUCGGGGAAUCAGUGUGUCGUCGAUGAAGAGUGGUGAGAGGUAUAUCAGGUUGCGCGUCCCGGCUACGCGAGUAAGAAUUGACGACAGGGAGCAAGUGUGGUGAGGAGAAAUCAAGGUGGAUAAGGUGUACACACGAUAACCGAGAGGUGGAAGACGCGAGGAGAAAGCGAGAGAGGGAGAGAGAAAGAGAAAGAGAGAGAGGGGCGAGAAGAGAGAUACGGCCGGAUAUAUCGCGAAUUACGUUGAGCGAGAGUAGAAGCGAGAGAGUGAGUGAUGUGUUCGAUGGACGAGGCGCGUCUCGCGGGCGGUGGUCGGGGUAAUGAUAACGCGUGUAGUCACGCGCGCUACCACUACUACUACUUGGUAUCCAAAGUGAGAAACGGCGGGCAGACCAGGCUGGCGGGCGCCGGGGAAACGUUUCCAAGGGCAUGGCGACCACGCCACUAGGCGGUCGCCUCCCUAACGUAAACCGUAAAGGACCAUCUCCGUGCAUCGGUGGUGGUGGUAUUAGUAGUAGUAAUAGUAAUAGUAACAGUGGUGGUAACGGCAGCAACGGCAAUAGCAACAACGGUAAUAGCGGUAGCAGCAGCAACAACAACAACAACGGCUUAAGUAACAACAACGUUAGCGGCGGUCAAUCGAGGAGGCAAGAGAGAGCGCUGGUCGGCAGGGAGCAUCGCGAUCAUCGUCACCAUCACCAUCACCAUCACCAUCACCAUCAUCACCAUCAUCAUCACCAUCAAGGUCGGGACAAGUCGUCAUUGUCAUCGUCGUCGUCGUCGUCGUCGUCGAAUCAGCAGCGUGAGUCUAAUAAAGCAAGCACAGUGGCUGCUAACGCCGGUGAGCUGGAUCCGGCCGCGACGAAUGCGACCAAUAACUUUGAGUACGACGACAACGAAUGGGACAUUGGCAUAGGUGACCUGAUAAUCGAUCUUGAUGCGGACAUUGAGAAGACGAGGGACGAGAAAUUGAGCUCGGGGACAGGCAUGGCUUCUACGCCUGCCUCGGCAGCAUCGGCACCGAAUAACGCGAAUCAUCAUCAGUUACAGAACUCAGCGAGUGGUCUCAACUCAAACUCCUCGUCCUCGUCCGUCCCGUCGACUGGCACGAACGCCAGCAGUCAAUCUUCGUCGUCCUCGUCGUCGUCGUUGUCGUCGUCCUCCUCGUCAUCCUCAUCGUCAUCGUCCUCCUCUUCGUGCGGCGUGAACUCGUCGUCGGUGCGCUCCAACAGCCCCGGGAGCGGCAGCGGCGGCUCGAACGGCACCGGCAGCGCGAACGGCGCCGGUAACACAAACGGCACCGCGUCUGUAGUCACCGGUCCCGGUAACAAGCAAGCGUCGGGCAUAAACGUGAGCGGCGUAAACGCCGUCCACGGUAACGCCGGUAAUCCCGGCAAGAUGGCCGUUGAACACUCGGCCACCGUCGACAAGGGCCUCAAGAUGAAGAUCAAGCGGACGAAGCCCGGUACUAAGACCAGCGAGGCCAAGCACGAGAUCGUCAAAUCGAACGAAAUCAACGGUACCGCCUCGUCACAGGAUUCGAAUAACGGCACCGCUGCGUCCUCGACGUCCUCGUCUUCGGCCGUCGGAUCGACGUCCGCGUCGGCCGCGGUCGCGCAGAACUCACAGAACUCGGAAUGCGGCGCGGCGGGCGGCGGUCAGUCGUCUUCGUCGAACAAAUCCAAACCGAGCCACUCGCCGGCAUCGGCCGGCGGCACCGGUGCCGCACCCUCGUCCACCGCCGGCUCGAAACGCGGCUCGAGCGGUCAUCGGCGCGACAAGGCGCGGGACAAGCACGAAAAACCGCAGAGCAAUCACACACCCCAGCAGACCAAGCCGGAGAUGAACGGUACCGCGCGACCGGCGCCGCAGGGCCAGAACUCGGCCGGUGGCGCGACGCAGUCUCAGGGCCCGACGCCGGCCGCCACGGCGCCACAACAGACCCAGGGACCACCGCCCAGCUCGAGGACAGGUUUCUCCGUGUCACAGGGCCCCGGGCCACCCGCGACCAGCGCGGCGGCACCCUGUCCGCCGCCGAGUCCGGCGAGCGCCACGGCGACCGGCGCGGCGGCUAAACCGGAACAAACCAAGGUCGCCGCGGUGCCGGGUCCACCGCUCACGACACCAGCCGAGGAAGCAAUGGACACUGCCGCUAGUCCUCCGCCUGCGAAAAAGAUGAAGACGGAACCAAAG